AUGCUGGUUCCAACACUGAUAGUAGCUGCAAUUGCCGGUUCCUCAGCGUAUACACUCGGCUCGGGAGUGCAAGCGACAGGCUGCACAACCUGCACGCUGCCACCUCCUACCGCUCCCUGCAGCACUUGUCAGACAGCUCCUCCGGCUCCACCAAUCACUAUGCCACCAGCUCAAUGGGGCGAAUGGGGAGCAUUCGGGCAAUGCACAGUAUCAUGUGGAGGAGGUACACGAGUCAGGCGACGUCUCUGCAAUGGUGGCUGCAGUACCUGUCAGUGUCUCGGCUCUGCUACUGACGUCCAGUCUUGCAAUACCGCACCAUGCCCUGCGGCCUGUACAACCUGUCAACAAAUACCAUACUAUGAUCCACCAGUCACUCCAGCUCCAUGCCUCACCUGCUCGCAGUACCAACAGCCGGCUCCUUGCCUGACCUGCUCCACUCCUGCACCAACUUACAUCCAACCGGCUCCAUCAUCAUGCACAACCUGUGGAGUGAAUUUGCGAUAUUAUGAUCCCUAUAAUAACAAUGGCCGUAAAAAGAGGUCUCAACGAAAGAUCGAAGACCCGCUUUCGUUCCUAUUCAAUUAA